AUGCCGUUCUCACACCACAGCCACUCGGGCCAGUUCUGCCCGGGCCAUGCCAAAGACUCACUCGAGGAAAUCGUCCAAUUGGCCAUCUCAAAGAAGUUCAAAGUCUUCUGUCUGACCGAGCACAUGCCCCGAGGAAAAGAAGACUUUUAUCCGGAGGAGAUCGAAGCCGGCGACAACGAAGCCGCCCUGGUCGCCAACGAAGCCGCAUACUUCGCAGAGGCCGUCCGGCUGCGCGAGAAAUACGCGCACCAGAUUCAGAUCCUCAUCGGGUUCGAGAUUGACUGGAUCCGUCCCGAGUCGCGGACACUGAUCGAGCAGAGCCUCUCGAGGUUCCCAUUCGAGUUCUUCAUGGGGUCCGUGCAUCAUACGCUGACCGUCCCAAUCGACUAUGACCGGCCUAUGUAUGAAAAGGCUCGUGAGCUGGCAGGCGGCACGGACGAGCGUCUGUUCGAGCACUACUUUGACGAGCAGCUGGAUAUGCUGACGCAGCUGAAGCCGCUCGUCGUGGGGCACUUUGAUCUGAUUAAAUUGAAGAGCGAUGAUCCCGAGCGCAGCUUCAAACAGUGGCCUGGGGUGUGGGAGCGGAUCCUUCGGAACCUGGAGUUCAUCUCUGGGUACGGGGGCAUGCUGGAGCUGAACUCGGCUGCGUUGCGGAAGGGGAUGAGUGAGCCUUAUCCCAAGGAGGAGAUUUGCAGAGAAUUCCUGGCACGAGGAGGCCGUUUUGUCCUUUCGGAUGAUAGCCACGGGCUGGACCAGGUUGGCUUGAAUUAUCACCGAGUGCUGGCGUUCGUGGAGAAGGCUGGUAUCUCGACUUUGCAUUAUCUGGAGCUGGGGGAUGGGCCGGCGGUGGACGAGCGGUUUCCGCGGACACAGAUCCGGUCGAUCCAUGUCGAUGAGUUGAAGAAGAUGUCUUUCUGGCAGGUGGCUAGCUAG